AUGGCUCUCAAACUACUAUCAUUACGAAGUUUACGUCAUUUUACCAAAUAUAGAGAAUGUUCAUCAUUCCCCACUCAGUUGCAAUAUGAAAAAGCCGCGAAUGAGACUUUAGAUAAAAUAUCAGAUUAUCUUGAUGUCCUACCUGAUGCGUUACCAGUAGACAGUGCUUAUGAUGUAACAAAUGCUAUGGGUGUGGUUACAGCAGUCAUUAGUAAAGAAAUCGGCACCUAUGUAAUCAAUAAACAGUCUCCCAAUAAGCAGAUUUGGUUAUCAAGUCCUCUCUCUGGACCUAAGAGAUACGAUUUGACACAAGAUCACAGGUGGAUCUACACUCAUGACCAGGAGCCCUUAGAUGUAUUGUUGACUAGGGAAUUCCAAAAAAUAUUCAAAACUGAUUCUCUUGACUUCUCUAAACAUGUAUGA